CACAGCAGCUGCUCUGUUUCCUCCCUCAUUCCCCCUACCCUUCCCAGGCUUCCUGCUCCCAUGGCCUGCUGUGUCCGGUUUGGAUUGAUCUAGACCUCCUCUUAUCUCCCUCCUUUCCUUCCCACUCCUUUUUCCUUCCACUUUACUCCUCCCCAGCUUACUAGUUGUUUGUAUUGGGCAGGGGAGAGAGGCACGGAUAGCCUGAGUUCUAGGUUGGGGCGGUGGUGGGGGCUCAGCCCCUCUGAGCCUGUGAGUCAGCACUGUCCUCCGGAUUGGUCUCUCCCCUUAGCUCCCCGCCCCUGGGGAGGAGCUAGGCAGCUCUGGGUCCAGCCCGUUCUCUUCUCGGCCUGAGAAGAGGCUCCACGCUGGGCGGGGAUGGGGCCUGAAACUGUCUGGGUCUGAGCUGGGGGAGCGGAAGCCACUUGUCUCUCUCCUUCCCCAGGACUCCUGUGAUUACUGGGCCACAGAGGUCUGACCAGGCUAAGGGUCUGGGGAUGCCCCCUGCCUGGCCCCCUUGCCCGAACUGGCAGGGGGGCCGGGCUGGGCAGCAACCCCCACCCUCAGCCCAGCCAUGGAUCUCCUGCCCCCCAAGCCCAAGUACAACCCACUUCGGAAUGAGUCUUUGUCAUCGCUGGAGGAGGGGGCUUCAGGGUCCACCCCUCCGGAGGAGCUGCCUUCUCCAUCAGCCUCGUCCCUGGGGCCCAUCCUGCCUCCUCUGCCUGGGGACGACAGUCCCACUACCCUGUGCUCCUUCUUUCCCCGGAUGAGCAACCUGAAGCUGGCCAACCCGGCUGGAGGGCGCCCAGGGCCUAAGGGGGAGCCAGGAAGGGCCGCCGAGGAUGGGGAGGGGAUCGUAGGGGCAGCCAUGCCAGACUCAGGCCCCCUGCCCCUCCUCCAGGACAUGAACAAGCUGAGUGGAGGCGGCGGGCGCAGGACUCGGGUGGAAGGGGGCCAGCUGGGGGGCGAGGAGUGGACCCGGCACGGGAGCUUUGUCAAUAAGCCCACACGGGGCUGGCUGCAUCCCAACGACAAAGUCAUGGGACCCGGGGUUUCCUACUUGGUUCGGUACAUGGGUUGUGUGGAGGUCCUGCAGUCAAUGCGAGCCCUCGACUUCAACACGCGGACUCAGGUCACCAGGGAGGCCAUCAGUCUGGUGUGUGAGGCUGUGCCGGGUGCUAAGGGGGCGACAAGGAGGAGAAAGCCUUGUAGCCGCCCGCUCAGCUCUAUCCUGGGGAGGAGUAACCUGAAAUUUGCUGGAAUGCCAAUCACUCUCACCGUCUCCACCAGCAGCCUCAACCUCAUGGCCGCAGACUGCAAACAGAUCAUCGCCAACCACCACAUGCAAUCUAUCUCAUUUGCGUCUGGCGGGGAUCCGGACACAGCUGAGUAUGUCGCCUAUGUUGCCAAAGACCCUGUGAAUCAGAGAGCCUGCCACAUCCUGGAGUGUCCUGAAGGGCUUGCCCAGGACGUCAUCAGCACCAUUGGCCAGGCCUUCGAGUUGCGCUUCAAACAAUACCUCAGGAACCCCCCAAAACUGGUCACCCCCCAUGACAGGAUGGCUGGCUUUGAUGGCUCAGCUUGGGAUGAGGAGGAGGAUGAGCCACCUGAUCAUCAGUACUAUAAUGACUUCCCUGGGAAGGAACCCCCUCUUGGGGGGGUGGUAGACAUGAGGCUUCGGGAAGGAGCCACUCCAGGGGCUCCUCGCCCGACUCCACCCAGUACGCAGACCCCCAGCCACUUGGGAGCUACACUGCCCGUAGGCCAGCCUGUCGGGGGAGAACCAGAAGUCCGCAAACAGAUGCCGCCACCACCACCCUGCCCAGCAGGCAGAGAGCUCUUUGAUGAUCCCUCCUACGUCAAUGUUCAGAACCUAGACAAGACCCGGCAAGCAGCUGGUGGGGCUGGGCCCCCCAAUCCUGCCAUCAAUGGCAGUGCACCCCGGGACCUCUUUGACAUGAAGCCCUUUGAAGAUGCCCUUCGAGUGCCUCCACCUCCCCAGUCUGUGUCCAUGGCUGAGCAGCUCCGAGGGGAGCCCUGGUUUCAUGGGAAGUUAAGCCGGCGGGAGGCUGAGGCACUGCUGCGGCUCAACGGGGACUUCCUGGUGCGGGAGAGCACGACCACACCUGGCCAGUAUGUGCUCACUGGCUUGCAGAGUGGGCAGCCCAAGCACCUGCUACUAGUGGAUCCUGAGGGUGUGGUUCGUACAAAGGAUCACCGCUUCGAGAGUGUCAGUCACCUCAUCAGCUACCACAUGGACAAUCACUUGCCCAUCAUCUCUGCGGGCAGCGAACUGUGUCUACAGCAACCUGUGGAGCGGAAACUGUGAUCCGCCCCAAUACUCUCCCAGAAGAUGUCCUCCAACCCCUUCCACCCUAGUCCCUAACUCUCAGGACAUCAUUUGGGAGUGUUCUGUGGGCUUGGCCUUGUGUAGGAGAUGGGAGUAGUGUGGAUGCUGGGUUUAGUAUCCCGCUGAGAGGGUUUGAGUCAGAAGCCUGGGGGAGAAUACUGCUUCUCCUCAGACAUCACCAAAGUAUUAAUGUACAGAGUGGCCCUUUGCCUGGGCCUUUCCUGUGCCAAUCUGAUGACCCCUUCCCCAAGGUGAGUGCUUGUCAUGGAAAAUUCCUGUGGUGAUAGGCCCAGUGGAGCAAUCACCCUUCUGGGGAAGGGGGAAUGAAUCACACCUCUGGUCUAUCUCUGGGCUUCAGGAUACCCCAGGUCUCAACAACUCCCUCCCUUCUCCCAGUGUUUAAACUUUGUGCCUUUGACCAUCUCCUAGGUCUGCAGAUAUUUUAUGCAAAGAGUCCUCAGGCCCUUGAGUUCACUGACGGAGUGCUGACACCUUCUUGGCUUCUGGGACCCUGUCCUCUCCUUGCUCAGCACCCCUUUCAGUUUGGGUUGGGAGAACAGAGGCAAGAGUGGCAGCUGUCCCCUCUCCCCCUAGGGAUAUGCAACCCUUAGAGAUUGCCCCAGAGCCCCCCUCCCGGCCAGGGGGGAGAUGGACCCCUCCCUUGCUCAGUGCCUCCUGGCCGGGGCCCCUCACCCCAAGGGGUCUGUAUAUACAUUUUGUAAGCCCCGCCCUUCCAAUGUUGCAUGCUUAUUAUUCUCUACAGCCAAAGUGUAGCCUUCCUCCUGUAGCCCAGCUGCCCCUUCUUGGGAUACUGGGGUAUGACUGAAGGUGGGCCUCCUGUAUGGUUAACUCUUCCAGGUGGAUUUUGUGGAGGCUGGAACAGGGGUAUUGCGACUCUAAAGCAGUAGACAAUCCCAAAUACCAUCUGUAGAUUUGGAACUGCACUGGUUUUUUAUUUUAUAUGCAUAUAUUUUAGGAGUGUAGAUUUACUUUCCUAAUUCUGUUUUCCGUGGCUUAUUCUUGAGCACAAGAUGAUAAUCGAUUACAUUUAUACACCACCUCUUUGACUUUUCCAAGCCCUUUUACACUAUUGGCAUUUUCCUCUCCCAGGCCUGCAUGGUAACUGGGAUCGGCAGCAUUACCUUUUAUACCAGAGACCUGAGGCAAAUGAAAUUGAUUUCCAGCUAGGCCUAUAAAAACUUGGGCCUCUUACCACGAGGCUGAGAAGCAGAAACUUGACUGAAUACCUAUUACAGAUUCACGAAGGAGAAACUUAAACCUGCAGUUAUUGAGUACCUUCUGCAUGCUGGGCCCUGUACUAGGUCCAGCAUGGCCACACGAAAGAAGCCGGCUCCACUCUUUCUUUAUGCCUUGUGGAUAAGGGAGAGUUGCCUGUUUACAUCCUGGCCUUUUUUUUGUUUGGAUGUUUUCACGGGUCUCACUUAUACCAAAGGGAAAAAAAAAAAAUCUUCAUUAAAGUCCAUAUUUCUUCUACCUCGGCCUCUAA